GAAACAUUCGAAUAGACAAUUCAUUUAGCAACUGUCAACGGGAGAUAAUGGCAAACGGGGGAAAUUGCGAGAAAUAAAUAUUAUUUUGCAAGGCCCAAACAAAAAUGGCAGAUGAAUUUGGCAAAAAUUGCACAAUUUGUGAAAAUGAGACUUUGGGAAGAUAUGUAAAGGCCACAGAAGUAAUUCCUGCGGGCGAGACAAUUCUGCUGGAAAGUCCCAUUCUCAUACUGGCCUGCAAAGGCGACAAAAGAUGUUGUAAUUGUUAUCGCUUUGCCCAACAGUACUGCAGAAAGUGCAGCAUUGCUCCCUUGUGCCUAGACUGUGCCGAACACAAUGACGAAUUCGAUUGCAAUGUCUUGGCUGCUGCUGGCGCUGUUUCAUUGCCAGAUGUCCGUGUGGAUAUUUUAAAGAAACAUUUCGAUACCUAUGGCCUGUUGCAAUGCCUGCUGUUGCAUGAAAAUCCCCAGACCAGGAAAACUUUUGGCAAAAUGCUCCAAAUGGAGGCGCAUUUGGAGAAGAGACGUAAUACCAAGAUUUGGCAGGAACAUGACAGGGAUAUUGUCCAACCGUUGUUGCAAUCGAAUAUUUGGAGGGGUUUUGAAAUGGCGCCCAAUAUCAAUGGGGAUUUUUUGCAAAAAAUCUUGGCCAUUUGGGAUGUAAAUUCCCAUGAAAUUCGGGCACCCGAUGCUGAGAUUAUGCGUGGUCUUUAUCCCCAGGUGUCUUUGUUGGCACACAACUGUUGUCCGAAUGCCAAUCAGGCCAUCGAUGACCAGUAUCGCAUGAAAGUCUAUGCCAAUCGUGAAAUUGGAAGGGGGGAAGUUGUUACAAAUUCCUAUACAAAUCUGUUGUUGGGGACCGAUGAGCGGCGCCAAAUUUUACGUGAAGGCAAAUACUUCCAUUGCACUUGUGCCCGAUGUGAAGAUCCCACCGAAUUGGGCUCCCACAUGAGUAGUUUCAUUUGCUCUGCCUGUGCUGGCCACAAACAAGAGAGCUAUAUUGUCAAGGAUGGCGACUCGCAGACAUGGAAAUGCCAGAAAUGUGAACACACUCUACGACCGGAACAAGUUGCCAAAAUUUUGGAAAAAUCCAAAGAAGAAAUGUUCCAUGCUCAUGGUGACUAUCGUCGUUUGGAGUAUUUGCUCGCCAAGCUAUGUACCAUUUUGCAUAAAAACCAUUAUUUGGUGGUCGAUUUGAAGCAGGAAAUGGCCAAUAUUCUACGCAAUGCCAUACUCAACAGCCGAAGACCCAAUCGUCAGUUGUUCGAAAGGAAAAUACGUUUAUGUCAGGAUUUGGUUUUGCUUUUGCAAACCAUACAACCCGGCAUGACACGGCUAAAAGGUAUUGCCCUCUACGAAAUGGCAACGUCGCAUGUGAAGUUACAACGUCUGAAAUUUGAGGAAAAUGAAAUGGAGGAGGACGAUCUGAAAAAACGUUUGAAAGAAUGUCUGGCAAUGUACAGAGAGUCUAUACGAAUGCUGUCGCAUGAACCCCCGAAAACUCCAGAGGGUCAAUUGCUGAAAAAUGUUGCAAAGGAAUUCGAUGUCCUGCAGAAGGAAGUUGAAAAUGGCGCACAAUCUGAGGGGGAUAAAUAAAAGUGGAGCAAAUUUUUUUGAAUUUAAUUUUUUUAAUAAAAAAGUGUCUAAAAAAAGUUA